CUUACACUCACGCUCACGCUCGCCCACGCGCACUCUCGCGAUUUAUUUUCGCUCUGCGAUUCUCGUGGCGAUCGCGCGUUGCCGCAAUCUCGGCAGAGUCGCGAUCGAGUACGCAAAAUGACGGCUGUCCCGAGAGAAAAAGAUCUCUAAAGUAUUUUAUAAAUCGAUAAAUCAUUGCCUUAGCUUCUCGUGCGAUCCGAUUCAUAAAAAAAAGUAUAUAGAUAUAGGUAUAUGUUGCACAUUGUGAUAAAAAGAAUUUUAAAUAUAAGUAAACAUUAUCUUCAAUGGCGUGUUAAGUGGAUUUGUGAGUACGAAGCGCGAUCGCGAAAUGCGUGGUGACAAAAUCCGAUUAAUAAGAUAGUCGCGACAUGUGUUGCAAAAUUAAUAACUGUGUAUACAACAAAUAAAUAAAUACGUAUAAUAUUAAAUAAAUUAAAGACAAACUGUAAAUAAUUCAAAAUUAAAAAUAUAAAUAUGACAUAAUAGGAAUCAAUUUGUGAAAGAAUUACAUGUUUUUUUAAGCAGCCUUGAAAAGAUUUAUUAAAAGAAAGUGAAAAAUCCCGAUCCGAUAGCGAUCGGCUAUCAGUCAGUCAUAUCAGUAGUUGAUAUCAUAGACCUGGAAGCCUCAAUGUAAAAUUAAAAGGUACUCAAAAUGAAAGCGAUAGGAAGAGGUAGAAUGAUCCACGAGGACGAUCCCUCGAUCACUAUAGAUCCUACGGCUGCACCUUUGGGCGAAUUGUUGGUGCACACGUCGAUGCCGGCAGCUGCAGUUGCAGUGAAGCUAUGUGGUGAUGAUUCUGCGGAGGAGAUAGGCGAGACCAUCAAUCAGAAAAGACGUGACAUUCUGGGCACGUUCAAGAGGAGAGCCUUCAGCAGGAUCAGUUUUAAAGGCGAAUCAGGACCCUUGCUCAGCAGGUAUCGCCAAACUAGAUUCAGUUCCAAGAGAGUCCGCAAAAGAGUCGUCUUUAAGCACGGCGACUGCAACGUCGUACAGGGAAAUGUCGCCAAACGGCGCCGUCGGUAUCUUCAGGAUAUUUUUACGACUCUAGUGGACGCACAGUGGCGAUGGACGCUCUUAGUGUUCUCUAUGCAUUUUUUAUUAUCCUGGCUGGGGUUUGCGCUGAUAUGGUGGCUAAUCGCGUACAGCCAUGGCGAUCUCGAUCCUCAAAAUUACAACAAUCUCACCUUUACCCCCUGCGUCAUGGAGAUCCGCAGCUUCACUAGUUGUUUCCUCUUCUCCGUUGAAACGCAGCACACAAUCGGAUACGGAGCGAAGCACACGACGGACGAGUGCCCAGAGGCAAUUUUUACGAUGUGCAUCCAGUCAAUGACAGGGGUGAUCCUACAGGCGUUCAUGGUCGGCAUCGUGUUCGCAAAGCUGUCACGCCCCAAGAAACGCACGCAGACCCUCCUCUUCUCGCGUAACGCUGUCAUCUGUCAACGAGAUGACCAGCCCUGCCUCAUGUUCCGCGUCGGCGACAUGCGCAAGAGCCACAUCAUCGAGGCUCACGUUCGCGCCCAGAUGAUCAAGAGAAAGGUCACGAAGGAAGGUGAGCUGUUGCCGUUCUUCCAGACAGAACUGAAGGUGGGAGGUGACGGUGAAGAGGACAAGAUUUUCUUUAUUUGGCCUACCACGAUCGUUCACAAGAUCGACAAAUAUUCACCGCUCUACAGGAUAUCGGCUAGUGACAUGUUGCGGGAACGCUUCGAAAUUGUCGUUAUAUUGGAAGGGGUGAUCGAAUCCACCGGCAUGACAACGCAGGCGAGGAGCUCGUAUCUGCCAUCGGAAAUUCUAUGGGGUCAUCGAUUCCAACCAAUUAUUACCUUUCGAAAGGAAACUGGCGAGUAUGAAGUGAACUACAGCCUCUUCAACAACACGUAUGAAGUAGACACUCCACUUUGCUCUGCUGCUGAUCUUGAUCGCAUUCGAACAAUGCAUCGCGUAAAAGCAGAACGUCCUAGUUCAAGUGCAUUUCCGGGAUAUCGCGAAGCCUCGAGUAGUAGUUCCCUAACGACGACUUCUGGGUCUAGUUUAGAAUCCUCAACCGGUGGAUUACACAUGCAAGUGCCGGUAAUGCUUCCGGCAAUGCCGACACCUCCGAAUCCAAUUCCGGUGAUGGUCACCGGACCAGACGGUUCCUGUAGACGAGAAAGCAUCAACAUGCCACUCGACGCGCCAUCAUCUUUUUACGCGCAAAAUGAGACAACAAUAGAGGAACAUGUUGAGAGGUCGAAAGAUCAAGAAGACUACGAUCGCGUUCUACAAGAUAUCAAUGCGACUUUGAGGAGGAACAGAAAACAAAACGGAAAGAACACGAUACAACAAACUGGAUCGAAAACGACGUUAAAUUCGAGAAGAGGCGAAGAAACAAGAUCAAAUUCCAGAUCAAUUAUAGGAGAAGCUGAAGAUGGCGAUUCGAGAAAAUCACCUUGCAAAAGCAACGCGAGUAACAGCCAGAGAAGUGCAGAUUCUUCGCAGAUGCAGCAUCCUUCUACUAUAAUUAGAAGAUCCAGUUUAAGCGAUGAUUACAAGCUCAAGGAUGUUCCCAGAAAGACAAGUUUUAUUCUCGAAGAAGAAACAUUCGCGAAUCGUCAUCAUUCCCAAAAUACAACUAUAUCCGAAUAAGCAUAGGAUCGGCGAAGGCCCGGAACCUAGGAAGAUCGAGGGAUGCUGGAUGAUUGGUGCCUCAUCAUCUCGAGGAGAAACGGAACUCACCACACCUCAACUAAUCAAGAAUCAAGAAGAAAUCAAUAACAAAGAAUCAAGCAAAUUAAACAAUCCAUUUAAAUAAAUUGAAGCAA